UGAAAACAAAAUGGCAGCCUCCAUGAAGAAUUUUCGACUGAUAUACAGAAUUUUGAAAAGCACAAAUAUACAGCCUCAUUACUCAGUUCAUAACUCGGCUCUAUGUCAAGUUAAUAUAAAAUACUUAUACACUGCCGAGCAGGUACCACCUAAGGAUACAUUGACACAAUUUGAAGAAUCAACAGAGGAGUUUAAAUAUGUUGAAAAAAUUUUACCUAGGAGAAAUAUUCCUGACCUACCUGUACAUACUUCAUAUCCAACACCAUCAGGCUGGGUACCUCCUAUCAAAGAGAAAACAAAAGAUCUUCCAUAUACAGUAGAAAGAAACAAGAAUCACAAUUUGCCAGUUUAUGUAAAACAGAAAGCACUGCGUGGAACAAAAAUUACCACAGUUAUCAAUAGAGUUCAUGGCGAUAUAUGGCAACUUGAAAGGGAUUUGAAGAGUCACAUAGAAGAAACAUGUGCAAUGAACUUUCUGUUAUUAACAGAAGUAUCUGAAGUGACAAGAAGAGUGACAUUAAAAGGAAAUCAUGUAGAAUUAGUAGGAAGAUGGCUAAUAGACAAAGGAUUUUAGAUAGUUAAAUCUUAAACUCAUUUAUUAAAAUUAUUUUUUAUGAAUUUCCUUAGAACUGUCAUGUCUAGAUUGUCUGAUUUAUAAGAGUUGAUGAAAGUGUUAUAAUUUUUUUAUUCGUGAGGGAAAAUAAUUUAUGUUUUAUAUGAAUCAUCUUUUUAUUAAAACAUAAGUUAUCUUUA